GAUCACUCUAGCCAAAAACAAUGACUUAUCGUAAAAUCCAUAAUAUGAAUAUUCCAAGCCACUAUAGGUGUUGGCUCACUUGAAUUUUCUUUACCUUUACUCUAACCACAUAUCAAAAUACAAGAUAUGUACGUAUAUAUAAUCCAUCUCAGGAAAGCUUCUCAAGCAGAUUUGAUCUCAGAGACAUGAAACUUCUCAAUGGGAAUGGGAAGCAUGCACCAGGAAAACUUCUCAAGAGUGUUGUUAUCCUUCUUCCGUUCACCCUAUUCAUCCUCAUGUUACCUUUUCCUCUUAGGAAAAACUCUAGCUUUUUAUCUCCCAAUGAUUCUAGCUUUUUACCUCCUAAUAACUCUAGCUUUUCCUCUCCUGAUAAGGUGUAUGUUAAUAGAAGCAGCUAUGAUUUGAACGUGACAGAGAUGAAACGAUGCAACGUGUUUUCUGGGGAGUGGGUUCCGUACAGUAAAGGACCUUAUUAUGAUAACGAGACCUGUAAUUUGAUACUGGAUCAGCAAAACUGCAUGAAGUUUGGGAGACCUGAUAGAGAGUUUCUCAAAUGGAGGUGGAAACCUGACGAAUGUGAGCUUCCACUCUUCGAUGCAACCCUUUUCUUAGAGAUUGUCAGAGGAAAGUCCAUGGCCUUCGUUGGAGACUCUGUCGGAAGAAAUCAAAUGAAUUCUUUGUUGUGCCUCCUAAGUCCUGUGGCUCGUCCUGAGGAUAUUUCCAGUAGAUAUGAUACAAAUCCCAUAUAUUUCAGAAGGUGGUUCUACGCCGAUUACAAUUUUACAGUUGUAACACUCUGGUCCCCGUUUUUGGUGAGAACCAGCGAUGUCCACAGCAGCCUCAUCACGAAUCUGUAUCUAGAUAAGGCAGACGAAUCGUGGAGUGAAGUGAAAAACUUCGAUUUUGUCAUUAUCUCAGCUGGGCAGUGGUUCUUUCGGCCAGCAUUGUUCUAUGAAAAAGGACAGCUUGUAGGGUGCCACAAGUGUGAAAAAAGCAACAUCACAGACCUGAGUCACUACUACGGAUACAGAAAAGCGUUCCGGACGGCAUUCAGAAGUAUAAUGAACCUGGAAGGGUUCAAGGGGGUGACAUUUUUGAGAACAUUCUCUCCUGCACACUUCGAGAAUGCUGAGUGGAACAAAGGAGGGAGUUGUGAGAGGACAAAGCCUUAUGGGAAGGAGGAAAUGAAGUUUGAUGGUUACAUUUUUGAGACAUACAAGGUUCAGGUGGAGGAGUUUAGAGCAGCGAAAAGGCUAGGAAGGAAGAGGGGUUUGAAGUUUUUGAUGCUGAACACGACUGAAAUCAUGCUGCGUAGGCCUGAUGGACAUCCGAACAUCCAUGUCUGGGGACAUGAAAUGAAGAACACGCACAGUGAUUGUGUUCAUUGGUGCUUGCCUGGCCCUAUUGACACAUGGAAUGAGCUUUUAUUCUAUAAGUUGAAAACACACUGAAAUCUUUUUUUUCUUCUUUACAGGGAUUUCUCAAGGAUACAUCACAAUAGUUCAUUAUACUUUUAAAUCUAAAUCAAAUUU